CAGUUACCUCCCCUUCGUUCCCAACUAAUGGUACUUUGUUAAGCGCUAAUAAUUGAAGUGAAUAAUAAUAUAUAUACAUACAUGUACAUAUAUAUAAACAUAUUUAUAUACACACGCACUCACAGAACUAUAUAUGUAUCGGUAUAACUAUGUAUGUAUGUAUUUAUAUUAUUUGUAUAUAAUUACCUGCUUGUUUUGCUACGUUUCUACAAUGGAAAUUAAUCCUGAUGGCUCUAAAAUUCUACACCGUGGUCGUAUUCCCUCCAAGAUUCAUCGGUUUUCUUCCUUUUAAAACUCUUAAAUUCUGCUCGAUUUCGUCUUUCAAAUGAAACUGAUGAAAGGAGAAAUAACGCAUCUCCAUAGAUCAACUCACACCAAUUCAUGACAGAAGCAAGUUUCUGUGACGUAUAUAUUGAAGACCCUGGUAACAUUUGGUACCUUCUACAUAAGUUAUCUCCAUGGUAACCGAUAUUCACUUAUAUCAUUUCUCUUCAACUGUUGCCAUGGUACCUAAUACAGGGAUUUGUAAGUGGCUCAUAUUUUUCAUCAGCUACUCUAUUACUUCUCAAGAAAGAGAAGCUUUGUUGUGAUCUUGAACCAGGUUAACUAGAUUGCUUCCGAUCACAUCAUGGAUAGUACGGACCAGAAUGCAUCAGUCGAAUGGCCACCUAUAUUGAACUUUGUAAACAAUACUGCAGGUACAAAGGAACUCCCUUUUCUUGCAAAUGGGAACUCAAGCAUGUCUGCAAUUACAGACAUUACAGCUUCAAAGAAAUAUACCUGUAACUAUUGUUCAAAAUCAUUCUCUCGCAACGGCCACUUGGUGAUGCACCGUCGUAUUCACACAGGUGAACGCCCUUACGUUUGCCAACAGUGUCACAAAGCCUUCACUCAGUCCAGUGCUCUCUAUCGCCAUAUGAAAAUCUGUACUAAAGUGCCAAACAAAGAUAGCCUGGAGUUAUCAGCUAACGUGAAAAUGCUAGAGACUUCUAUUGCGGCAGCAGAAAAGCAGUAUGCAAUGCUAUCUGCUUCAGAAAGUGCGUUUACAUCACUCGGAACACUUUCAAAUGAUAAUACUGAAACAAAUGAUGACAUAAUGUUUGUUUGUUGUAAUAAAACAUUUAGAGAUUCUUCUGAUUACAAUGAGCACAUAGCUGGUCACAAUGACCCGUCUCAAUCUGAAUUAUUGAGCCUGUUACCAAACAACCACAGCCAAGUCGAUGGUAUGAUGAAGGACGUUACUACUAUCAAUAAAAUAGGAAAGAAACAAAACCAGUUCCAUAAUAAGACAAACACAUCUAUAAAUGGUAAAAAGCAGUCGUCAACCAAAGAAAAUUUGAAUAUGUUGUCAAGUUCUGAGUCGCAGUAUCAAAUAAUUGUUCGUGAUAAUCCGCCGGAGGUGACAAAAGAUGGUCUUGACCAAAACAAGAUCACCAUCAAUCUAACUGAUAACCAUAUGGAAUCUCCAAAGAACAACUUAUGCUUUUCUCAAGCAAAUAACCAACAUGAUCCCAUAUUUGAUCCAAUAACAAUUGAACUAACUGACCAAUCUCAAGAUAGCACGUAUGUCUGGGAUAAAAAUAAUAUGUCACCUGGUAACAGUUCUAAUAAACAGUUAAAAAUCGACCAUUCUCAGUUAUCAGACAUUGAUAGUUUGGCUGAAAAUCUCAGACUGUUGCGGGAGAAAACCGAUGCAAUUACCAAAAAAACAUUACCAAAAGACUGCUCUAGCGAUACAUCCAUUGGUAUUUUUACUUCACAAGAUUCUCUGUCUUCAGAUCAGUUGCUUGCUUGUAACGGGGACAAAUCUUGGAAGGACUCAUCUAAUUCUUUCUCAACUCAAAUUCUGCCAAAUAAUGAUUUGACAAGUAGUAAACAUUUCAACCAAUUAUCUCAUCAAAGUGACAAUGAAAAAAUUGCCGAAAAUGCUAACAAAGUUCAAAAAAAUAUAAAUUCCAAGUUAAAAUCUUCUGUGAAAAGCAAAAUUCACCAACACUUAACUUGCCAGUUCUGCUCCCGCCAAUUCACACGUACUAGCCGUUUGACCCAGCAUUUGCGUACGCAUACAGGAGAAAGACCCUUUAAAUGUGAUUUUUGUGGUAAUUCAUUUACACAAUCAAGUGCACUUAAUCGCCAUCUAAAGACAUGCAGUGUUGCCCAAAGCAUUAAUUCGAAUAUUCAGUGGGACACCACUGCACAAUAUCACCUUACCUCUGACUUAACCCUUGGCAGUGACAUUUCUUUCACGUGUCAGUUCUGUGGUGACAAUUUUCAACAAGUGUCUAAAUAUGACAGCCACUCAAAAGUGUGUCCAGCAGCACAUAAAAGUCAAUUAAAGCCUAAUGAAGAUGUUGUGCAUGAUGACUUUGAUAUAGUUAAUGAUCACACUGAUUCAACCAAGAACAGCUUUGUAAAAACUCCAUCCCCCCUACUAAAAAAUGCUUCAACUUCCAUGAUUAAAAGUAAGACACAAAGUUUCAAAGCUUCUAUACCUGAGUCUAGACAAGUAAAACGUAGGAAAAAAAGUUUUAAUACAAAAAAUGAUAGAACCUAUCAGUGUAGCAUUUGUUUAGUUGAGUUUGUAUCAUAUCCUCACCUUAAAGUCCAUAUAAAGAAACACCUUCGGGUUAAUACUUUAUCAAAGACUUCUCAGUUGCAGAGUCGGAAUUCUUCAACCAGUAAUUUAAUGCGAUCUUUUUCAGCAAGAAACAAACACAUCACAAGAUCUAAAACUUCAACUAAAAAAUCCCCUAGUAAGUCUUUAAAUCAUAGAGAGUUCUUAAACAAAGUUAAUUCGCUGAUAAUGAAAAAGAACUCUUCACAUUCAACCAGUAACUCUGAGUUUCAAACUGAGCAUCCAUUGACCAACUCUAACACUUGCAAAUCAAAUAUUUCUCUGUUACCUGAUAAAACUAGCAAGAUAUCAGAAUCCCUUGACACCAAAGGAAAACCUACUGUUGCAAUGGUUAACAAAGGAAAUGUUUUUAACACACGCAGUGGUGUUGAAACCAAAUCCAAUUCGUCAACUACUUUUGUUUGUGAUAUUUGUUCCAAGCCUUUCCAUUCCUCCAUUGUGUAUCAGAUUCACAAAGCUUCACAUUCCAGUGAGUCUAAAAAAACCUCCCAUUCUCAAAUAGACUCCAAUGCCAACAAAUCCAUUCAUAAUGAAGACGUCAACAUUUUAGAGCAAAGAGAUCUUGUUAGUUCUAAUUCGCGUGUUGCUGUGGAGACUGUAAAUGAAUUUGACAUUCAGCGCAAAAGUUUCCCUUGCAGUUAUUGCCCCAAGGAAUUCUUCAAACAAUCUCAUCUGGAAACACACAUCCGAGUACACACAGGGGAGAAACCGUUCCAGUGUGAGAGUUGUGGUCGUGCCUUUUCACAGUCAAGUGCUCGAAACAGACACACCAAAACUUGCUUACGAGUCAGAUACCCAGAGUUAAAUGUCUCCAUUAAAACCACUGGAAAUGCCGUUAGUGGAAUGGAGCGUUCUGAAGUAAUUAACUUGGACAGUAAAAUCAGAGAGGACAGUCUUGAUCCUGACAAUUUCACUUUUACCUGCUGUGGCCAAGUCUUCAGUAGCAGCAAAGAGCUGCGGAAUCAUGUUGAGUGCCACAGAAAAGGCAAAGAUACAAUCUCCUUGCAAGAUAGUGAACUAAAUGAUGAUCUUCUGUACAAUUCCCCGUUGAUGCUGGAAAGCUUUACUGAUUCUCAGUUGCUCUCAAGACACAUGAGAAAGAAUUAUAUCAGGAAAUAUAAAGGUACCAAGCAGUUGAGUCGUAAUGAUUUCAAGCAAGAAAAAGGUAGCUUGGAAUUUUUUAGCAAUGUUUUAGUUGCUAAUCACCAAACCUCUGAUUGUUCUUCCAGUUCCAGUCAGUCAGUCAACUCAGCCAGACUUAAUUGUUCUACACAAUCAAAUUCAGCAGAAAAUGAGGCAGUUUUAAACGCUUACAAACCAGAAGCCACUGUUUAUAAAAAUAGCAAGCUUCUCCAUGGGACUCAUACCUUAAAUAAUCUUGACAAGGCAAAAUUUGAUGGUACUUUGAACAGUUCAUACUCUGAGGAACAGGAAAAUAUGAUUCUUGGGAGUGCCCUGCAAGUUGUGCACAAUAAUCUCCAAGAAUGUUCUGGUGAGCUAAAAAUUGAUCAGAUUGAAGAAGGUGUCAGCUGUCAGGAAAAUUCCAUGAUUGCAUCUAAUUCUAAUGUAACAAAACCAACAGCUGUCGUUGAACUGACUAACCAACUAAGAGGCGCAAAUCGUUUCCGAAGUUUGCAAUCCAAUGAUUCUAGUAUAUCACCUGAAAUUCCUGAACCUAAUGUCACUUUGACCUUAGGAAGUGACUUUAGAGACAUGAUUACAACUGAUAUUUCUCAGAUUGCUGACUCUUCCGUGAACAGCAAUACAGAUGAACCUCCAAAUUUCGAAGAUAGCCAUUUCCAUACUUAUUCGCCAGAAACCCCACCGUUUUCUUCCAGCUUUUAUUCCACAACUGCAAAAUCCAAGCCCGACCGAAAAGGUUGCACUGACAUGACAAUCAGUGAUGCACCAGCAAUUUACAGCAAUAGCUCUAAUGUGAGCCAGCUAAAAGAUCAAUAUCAUAUGGAUGAUAAUACUAUAAGUAAUUGUUCGAUUGGUUUUGAAAAAGUUUCGAGUCCUCAAGAGCAGUGCAGUGUCAAUGUAACAUUAUCUGUUGCUGAGAAAUCACUGACCUGUUCAAAAUGCUCCAAAACGUUUGAAAAUUCUGGUACUUUUUAUGAACAUUCAAAGAGCUGUGCAAUGAUAUUGUCAGAAUCCUGUAUUGCUAACACCGUAGACAAGCAAGUGACUAAUGAUUUAGUAAUUACCGGUCAGCUGGAUUCAAACUCUACCGAGAGCAAAACAACCAGAGAGGCAAUUAGUCCUCUACAGAAUAAGUCAGAUAAUUCCAAACUGUUUGAGAAUUGGCAACUUUUAUCUAGUUUAUCUGACCAACAUGAUGACAAAAGUAAAUGUUCUGAUAAUCUUAGCUCUAUGGACAGUUUAGGCAACACUUCUGCGUGUGAUAUGCUUUCUUACACUUCCAAAGCAGAAAAUAUUGACAUUUCUGGUCAAACUGAUGAGCAGUGUAGCACUCUGUCAAAUAACUUAUCUGAACAGGAAAUUACAACCAACAAUAAAGAUUCAGUGAGGAAAUUUUCUUGUUCUUAUUGUGCUGCAUCAUUUUCUUCAUUGAUGCUACUAGAAGAGCAUGUCCUUCUCCACACAAAUAAAAAGCAUUAUGUUUGUUGGUUUUGUAAGGAGAACUAUUAUUCAUCGUCUAAAUUUGAGCAACAUCUGAAAAUAUGUGGUACUUCUACCACCUUUGCGAAUCUGUCGGCUGAAAAUAUUUCCAACAACAGUACUAAAGGUAAAAGCUCUCAGUUUGCUGACAUCGUUUUGUGUUCUCCACUGACUGUUGCAAACAACCAGUCUGACUGUGAAGACAUUGAUGAAAAUGGUUGCCAGGAUAAAGUGACUGAACAGUCAGUAGUUUGUGAUAGUUUAGAAAGGACACAAAACACUUCUAAUGUUCAGCCUUUGAAAGGAGAGUUGCUGUCAAAAGCAAGGACUGUAGGCAGAUCUAGCAACAAUAGCAGCUCUUGUGCUCUGUAUCGCAACAAAGUAAACCUGGAUGAGCAUUUAGCUUUGAAUAAUAUAACUACUAAUAGAUCGUCACUUGGUGAGAAGACAGGAGAGAAAAUUCUGAACCGGUCAGUUUCUCAGGAAAAUAUCAAAUUGAAAUCAGGGACUGAAACAAACAGUGAUAGUAAGGAUAAUAACAAUGAUAGUAGUUCCCAGCAGUUAGACCAAAUAGUGAUUGAUUUGAAAGAAGUUAAUGGUGAUUUAUCUACAUCUGAUAAAAAUACCAAUAAAGAGGGUACAGUUAGUUUCAAUAAAGAUGGUAUGAAUCUUACAAACAGUUGUAAGAUGUUUGUUUGUUGCAACCAAACAUUCAUGGAAGAUGAUUUUAAUGAGCAUAUGAAGAGUUUCCAUAUAAAAGACAAUCACUCGACUGAUGUUGACAGUUCUGUAAUACGUUCAGAGGUACAACACUCUGAAAAUAUGCAAACGAUCUCAAAUGUUGUACUAUCAGACUAUCAAAGAACAGCAAGUAAAAAUGAGAGAAAAACACUGCUUCAUAAUUCAGAUAACAUCAUCUCCAAACCUAAUUGGGCCUCUUCAAAUGAGGAGAACCAGUCUGAAACUCGGCGCUAUGUCUGUCAAUAUUGUAAUCGUGGAUUUUCACGGUCUGGUCAUUUAAUGCAACAUCUUCGCACCCAUACAGGAGAGAGGCCAUACUCAUGUCAGUACUGUACAAAAGCAUUCACCCAGACUUCUGCUCUCAACAGACACCUGAAAACCUGUUGCCGAAUUAAGUUACUAAUGCUUCACAAUAUACAGACCCGAACAAAAGAAGAUGAAGGGGACCUAAUCCAAAUAGAUUCAGACUUGGAUAAAAAUAAAAGUUCUUUAUUGUCUGAGCAAAAUGUAGCUGGAGAGGAUUAUCAAUUAAAUAGAGAUUAUAGCCAGAUGUCUGAGGUGAGAUUUAAUAGUAUUGAUAAAAUCCCUUGUGAAGAAGGCAAUGAAGGUAUCAUAAAAUGUGAAUACUGUAGCUGUGAGUACCUGAAACUUGACGACUUUAUCAAACACCAGAAGGUCUGUUCUUUUAAGAUAAAUUGCACUCAAGUGGACUCUGGAAGUAAAAAUUAUACACAAGAGAUUAAUUUGUCUUCUAGGAAUAAUUCCAGUCAGAACAAUAGAAACCUUGAAAGUUGUGCUUCAAGCACAGUAUACCGCCCAGACAUUCAAAUUAAAACAGAAAUUGUUGAUGUUACAUAUAAUUGUCCCUUUUGUGAUGAGAUAUUUUCUGAUAAGAGUGAUGUAAUUUCACAUUUAAUAACUCAUUCAUUAGACAUUAAUCAGCAAAAUAUUGCCAACCAACAAAUAUUUUCUGAUGAUCAAGAGAAUCUAGUCAAUCCUUGUGAAGAUAUGUCUGCUACAUUGAUGAAAGAGAGUAACCACACAGACUCCUCUGAUAUGACCUCUCCUACAUUAGUGAAAAACGAAGAUACCUGUACAUUUACAUGUUGUGGUCAAAUGUUUGUAGGCAAUGAUAGUUUUAACUUACAUCUAGCUAGCCACCAAUCUUUUAAAGAUUGGAAUACUUCUGAACCGAACAGUUUUGAUGAGAACAAUUCUGAAAUUAGACAUCAGUCAACAUUUCUAGAUAAUUCUUCCACAAUCAAGAGAGAAGAUAAAGAUGAUGAAGAUGAGAAUUUUAUCAUUGAAGUCUCAUCUAAAGAUCCAGUCUCUAACAAAGAAUCUCUCUUAGAAUCUAGUUUAUAUAAUAAGAAAUCUAAAGGUCUGAAUAAAACAAAUUCUGAUGGUGUUUGCCAUCUUCAAGCUAUGGAAUCCAAUUCACCAGAUUUAUUAUUUAAUCUAAAAAAUUCUUCUCUUGCUUCUCAAGCUCUGGUUUCUAUGGACAAAAGUAGAAAGCUUGAAAUUGAGAAGCAAAUGUCUGCUAUGAAUAAUUAUGUUGUCUGGGAGGAUUCCAGCAACAACUGGAACCAGUGGAACAUGGACUCAUCUACAAAUAUUUCAUCCACACCUUUAUUCAAAAGAUUUGCAUGUAAGUAUUGUGAAAAGACUUUCACCCGUAGUGGUCAUCUGAUUAUGCACCAUCGUACUCACACAGGAGAACGACCAUUCCGAUGUAGCCAUUGUCAGAAGGCCUUUACCCAGUCAAGUGCUCUCAACAGGCACAGAAAGACAUGCAGUUUUGCUCGAGUAGCUCUGUCAGUGUCAGGGAAUGAAUGGCCUGAAACGACAGCAGCACUUGACUUGGAUAAAACAUCAAACCAAUUCAUAUGUUGUGGUUUUGUCUUUGAUAAAAGAGAUGAGUUCUAUUCGCAUUACGUUGGUCAUGGCAUUUACAUAUGUGACUGCUGUGAGAUGACAUUUAGUGAUUUUGAACAGCUUCUUUCUCACUUGAAAUUCAAACAGAGCGAAUUAGAAUCCCCUACCAUGACUCCAGCUGUAUCCCCCAGACAGUGUCCCCAGUGUCAGACUGUCUUUGCUGAUUUAAUUUCUUUACUAAUACACAUAAACUCUAAUCAUAAAUCUACUGCCUUAGCAAAAUCUCAGACAAGCUCAGUAUCUAAUCAGGAUUUUGUACCCAAUUACAAUGAUGGGUCCGUAACUUCAAAAAAAUCCAAAGUAUUCCAAGUACCACUCAGCUCCAGUCGAACUGUAUAUUCCGCUCCUGAAAUACAAUUGAAGAUGUCAGACUCAGGUUCUACCAGUAAAACUGGUAAUGUCAAAAAAUUUCCUUUAAUGAAGAGAGGAACUCUUCCAAACAAGUUGCAUCCCUACAGCAAAUCUCGUCAGAAUAAGCAGGAUCACAGCCGCUCGUUACAGUUUCAGCGAAGAAAAUUUUCCAACUUUAAUCUGGAUGGAAAGACUUCUAACCCUGAUAAUUCCCAAUUAGGGUUGGUUGCGAAAAAUUCUCUCAACCAGAAUGUGCGUAGAGUAAUUAAAAAAGCUUUGAAUAACAUCAACAAGUACAGGUUUUCGACUGAACGUAUAUUGUCUCCUUUCACUCGAAAAUUCUAUGCUCAAGCUGAAAGUCGUAGACAUCAUGCUGCAGCGUCUCCUUUCUCUGGCAUCACCUUACCAGAAGAGCAACAUAAUCAGCCUUUCAUCAUAGAAAAUCCAUCGUUAAGAGAACAUUCUAGUCAACCUGAAAUAUCCAUUUUGAACUUUGAAAAUCCAUCAGAGAGUGAUCAAUGCUCUAAGCAGUAUUCAAUUGAUAAAUUGAAACAAUUCUCAAAUGAAAUUACGAUAAAUUCAAUUAACGAUCCGGAUUCAGGAGCUAAUUCAAGGAGAGAACACAAAUUUUCUAAUUUAGUUGUUGAACAAUCUCCAAAAAUCUCAAUUCCAAAUAAUAACCUGGUUCCAGUUCAAAGUAAAGCACAAAGAUUUGAAAAACAAAUAAUGCUGAAAAAGUCAUUAUCAAAACAAAAUCCAGGAGAAAAAUUUAAUGCUAAGUCCAAGUAUAGUUCUUUACAGACAUCUUUAAAAUCUAAGCAAGGCAAUACAACCACUACUAGAAACAGUGAGUGUGCUACUGGCAAAUCUAAAAACAAAGUUACCCAGUUAGAUAAAUCAUAUAACCCUGCAGUUGUUAAUCCCACUACAGAUAGUUCGUUAAAGCAAAACUUAUCUCGGUUUGUCUGCACUCAUUGUAGAAAAGGUUUCACUCGCUCUAGUCACUUAAAAAUGCAUCUCCGGAUUCACACUGGAGAACGUCCAUUCAAAUGUUCUGGUUGUGGUAAGCAAUUCACACAAGCCAGCGCUCUCAACAGGCACCGCAAGACUUGCUUUCUAGUGAUUCAUAAUACAAGUAUACUUCCUGAAGAUAGGAUAGUGAAAGAUCCAGAAAAAACUACUCGAAACCAGAACAGACUCAAGGCCAAUGCAACAACUUCUCUUUUCCAGUGUGUGACAAGUAACAAUCAAGAUUAUGUAGGAAAUGGCAUUUCAGAAACACACAAGAAGCCAUCGAAGGCAGAAACAGUCUUUGCUAAUGUGUCUAAACAGAAGUUGCACAGAGCUGAAAAUCCUGAUUUAGAACCAGAAUAUCUUAGUAAUGUCUCUAAAAAAACUGUUAACUUACUUGAUGAAGAAACUAGUAGAACAGUGUCUGCUUUCACAAAGGAGAAGGAAGGCAGGCAUAAGAAAACAUCUUUAACAACAACUAGCAAUAAAAUCAACCGCAAAAGGUUGCAUACAGGGAUUGGUAGCAGACUGAUGAAAAAACUGAAGCUGUCAAAACGAGGAAAGCUUCACUCAAGUUAUGAUUUUAAUAGUGACUUGAAUUGCCUUUCAAGAAGACAAGCGAUUAAUUCUUUGUUAGAUGAUCACCAUAGUUUAAAGGAAAGAAGCAAAAGUCUUUUAACGGAUACGGCACCUUCUGUUAACAACCCAACAAGCUUUCCUCAAAGGAGUUGCAAGAAAAAACAGUUGACCAAAACCCCUAGUGCGAAACCAUGUACAGAUUCAGAACGAAACAAUAGAGCUUGCAGUCUUGAAGUUACAGAAGUGUCACCUCCUAAGAGGGUCAAAGAGGAGACCCAGUCUAAUGCUAAUGAGCUGUCUGAAGGAUUUCCCCGCUGUGAAGAAUGUAAAAACAAUUCAAAAGAAUUGUGCUCACACUUGACAGAAAAUCUAUUUCUUUCCCCAGUGGAUUCCGAAACAGAUGAUUGUUACAUUAAAACUGAACCUCUUCCUUCUUCUAUACCUAAAUCUUUAGAUUCAGAAACAAAUCCUCUUAAUCUUACUAUUUUACAAUCAAAAGCUUCAGCCAAUGAUGAAAGUGUUGACCUUACAAAUGAAAGCAUGAAAAAUUCUCUAAAAGGAGAAAUUGUUCAAGAUGGUGGAUACUUACAAGAGGAAAUGGCUCUCACAAAUUGCCCAGAGAGUACAGAGGGAACACAUGAUCAGCUAGAGAGUAAUAUUGCACAAGAAGACAGUAAGAGCCUUAAGUCUGUUCCAUCUGCAGCUGCACAUUGUGUCUCUAAAAAGUCUAAGGUUGUUAAAAGAGGCAGCAAAGUUGUCCAAGACGACACUUUCUCGCCUCAGUCAGACUCUUCGCAUUCGGCUGAAAGCCGUCGUUACUUUUGUGAAUACUGUGAUAAAGCCUUCUCGCGGUUUGGACAUCUGGUUACCCAUCGCCGCACGCACACCGGCGAACGACCUUACCAAUGCCGUUACUGCCAGCGAGCAUUCACGCAAACUAGUGCCCUUUACAGACACAGAAAAACAUGCAGUUUCACUCCUGCACAUCUUAAAACUAUAGCAGCAACUGAAAGCAGUAAAGCUGCUAAAAGUAAUGAGUUGUGAUUUUUAUGUUGAGAUACAUACAUACAUGUAUAUAUAUUAUAUAUAUAUAUAUACAUAUAUAUUCAUAUAUAUACAUAUAUAUGUAUA